AGACCAUUGUCAUAACCGUUAUAUGACAAAAAUACCCCGAUAGGCCGAUACCAACUACUAUUCUGACGGAAGACUUUCUCAACGCUAUCCAACACCAAUCAUUCAUCCUCGUCAACUCUGUCUCUCCCGAAGGCCAAAGCAUCGCACCUAUUCACGCCGGAAAGAUGCAUCCUUCGCCGGCCCGAUUGCUUGCCGCCUGCUUAGCCUUUUUCUUGGGAGUCGCUCCGGCGAUCGGAGACAGCUUGACGGCGUACGAAAUCUUGCAGGAAUACGACUUCCCGGUCGGAAUUCUUCCGACCGGCGUCGAGAGCUACGAGCUCAACCGAAACACCGGAAAGUUCGCAGCGUACUUCGGCGGGUCGUGCAGUUUCACUAUAAAGGGGUACAACCUCAAGUACAGUAAGAAAAUCACGGGGACAAUAUCCCAGGACAGGCUGAGUAACUUGAGUGGGGUGCAGGUGAAAAUACUGCUCUUCUGGUUGAAUAUAGUUGAGGUCACACAUAAAGGCGAUAAUCUUGAGUUCUCUGUUGGGAUAGCCUCUGCAGGCUUUGGGAUUGACAAUUUCUACGAGAGUCCUCAGUGUGGCUGUGGAUUUAGCUGUGUCAAUAAGAACACUUCUAAUCUACGUACUCUUGUAUCUUCUUCUUGAUUACUUGUUCUUCCUGAUCAAGAAUUGUGCUCUUAUACAUUUCAUGAACAUGUUUUCUUAGUUUAUUAGUUCAAUUGAAUAAUGUUCUGCUUAAA